AGCAGAAGUAUGACGGAAGAGGAAGAAAAGAAAUCGGCAAAUCAGAAGAAUUUCUUCUCACGAAUUAGGCAUUCAACGGUGUGGAAAGAUUCCACAAACAUUCUUCUGCUCGUUUUUCUCUACACACUGCAAGGUAUUCUCAUUGGUAUUACAUCGGUUGUUCCACUUUUACUACAAUCAAACCAGAGAACUGUCAGUUAUCGAGAUGUGGGCAUCUUUUCAUGGGUUUUCUGGACAUUUUCACUCAAACUCAUCUGGGCACCCUUCGUGGAUACGUUCUACUUCAAGCGAAUCGGUCGACGAAAGUCCUGGCUCAUUCCUGUACAAUUAGCUAUUGGUGGUAUGUUUUUCAUUAUCGGAGGUUUUGUCGAUCGUUGGUUGGGUCGACCUGUGGGUGAUGCUUGGGGACCCCUGGGAACCACUGGUGAUGUCCAAAUUUUUGCCCUCACUGCAGCAUUUUUCAGUCUCAAGUUCCUCGCUGCCACUCAAGAUAUCGCAGUGGAUGGUUGGGCCAUAUCUAUGCUAUCCAAGGAGAAUCUAGGCUGGGCCCCAACAUCUCAAACCAUAGGACAAAGCAUUGGUAUACUAGUCGGCUCCACUCUUUUCAUGAUUUUUGAGUCCCCAGAUAUGUGCAAUGACCAUUUUCGUUCUACUCCUAUCCCUGGAAAAGGAUUCAUCAGCUUCUCUGGUUUUCUUUACGCCUGUGGAGUGCUUUUUACUAUUUCAACAAUUCCGGUUGGUUUGUUUAAGAAGGAAAUUGAAAAUUCCAAUCAUGAGACUUCCUCACAAGUUGUUGAUGUAACUGUGAAUGAAAAUGAUGGCAAUGAAGAAGCCUCGCGUGAUCCAGUUGGUUCAGAGGAGCUGGAAUUACCAUCAAACAAAGAAAAUGAGAUGUUAGAAGCGAAGAAUGAAAAUCAGACCACCAUGUUGAGGUGUAAAUUCUUCUCUCGAGCUUACAUAACAAUGAUCCGAAUGUUGUUGCUGAAACCAGUUCUUGUAUAUGUUGCGUUCAUAUUAGCACGAAACUUCAUUUUCAUUGCAAGUGAUUCUGUCUCCGGGUUGAAGCUUAUCGAAAGAGGACUCUCGAAGGAAAGGGUUUCCCUUAUAAGCCUGUUUAUGAUACCUUACGACAUUGUACUCCCACUUCUUGUCGUUCGAUGCACCAGCGGCCCUCGACCAAUCAGCACUAUGCUCAAAUUCUCCAUUCCAUUAUUCUUCCUGUCUUUUACAUCAAUACCACUUGUCUACUACAUUGAUUACUUUAAAACGGAGACACCGAUUAACUCAACAAUCGUUAAUGGAAAUAGCAGCAGUAUAAUCCAAGGUACCAGGGUGACCAUAUCACCCUACUUCUACGCAAUCAUCGCGAUUCUAUCUGCCAUUACUUCUUUACUUCAAUCAAUUGUAUAUUUGAGUCAAGGGACCUUUCAUGCUCGAAUUGCUGAUCCAUUACUUGGGGGUACUUACAUGACUCUACUCAACACACUCGCCAACCUAUCCUCUGCUCUUCCUUCUACUGUCGUACUUUUCUUCAUUGAUCCAUUGACGUGGCGCACGUGUGAAAAUGCAUCGGUGGAGAAGGCCAUCAGCGCCCUUAAUAGCACCUCAACUAAUCGCACUGAGUUGGUAGAACUCGCGGAGAACUUCUUGUCAACUAAUGCCACGUGUAUGAACUAUGAAGGCAAGGAGGCCUGCGAAUUAGCCGGUGGUGCCUGUCGAACAAUCGUGGAUGGCUACUACUUGAUGUCUGGUGUGGGUUUCGUGUGUGGCAUUGUCGGCUUCUACUUCCUGCAUAAAAUGUCCAAGUACUUAGAUGGAAAGACUGUGGAGGAAUACAGAGUGCACGAAAAGUCCGAAUCACCUGAAACGUCAGAAAGUUUCUGA